AUGUCGGGUUCAGUAAGAGACUCAAGCAACUCAGGAGGAGCCACGGCAGCGGCAGUGGCGGAGAAGAAUGGGACCUUGAGUUCGAUAUCAGCACCAGUCGCAGAGAUACUCGGAGAAGAAUCCAGGACAAUUGACCCAGAGGUGGAGAGACGCGUUGUGAGGAAAAUUGAUCUUUUCCUGAUGCCAGCGAUGAUGUUUGGAUACGGACUCGUUUAUUACGACAAGGCCAUUCUUGGGAGCGCCGCUCUUUUUGGGAUGACCAAAGAUCUACAUCUUGCGGUUGUGGACCAUUCGACUACACCCCUGACGACCAACACCUCUCGACUCAGCUGGGCGACGUCUAUAUUCUACUUCGGUCAGCUCGCUGGAUCUUACCCUAUGACAUACUUGUUGCAGCGAUUCCGCGCAAACUACGUUCUUGGUCCCGCCGUAAUGCUUUGGGCUGUCAUUUGCGCCUCAACCGCCGGUGUGACCGACUGGAAAGGUCUUCUGGCGCAACGGUUCUUCCUAGGCUUCACCGAGGCCAUUGUUCCUACCGCGUUCAUGAUAACCGUAAGUGGCUAUUACACACAGUCCGAGCAGGCUUUACGACAAACAUGGUGGUUCUCCGGCACGGGCUGGUUCACAAUCAUAGGCGGUGCUAUGAACUACGGUUUUGCCCAGAUCAAGGGUGGAUCACUCACCCCGUGGCAGUAUAUUUAUGUGUUAGCUGGUGGCAUGACGUUCUUAUUCGGUAUAUGGUGUUUCGCACUGCCAAACUCGCCUCUAAAUGCGUGGUUUCUAACACCUGAAGAGCGUAUAAUAGCGGUGGAGCGCUUGCGCGCCGGACAGACAGGUGUGAGAAAUCAGGAGAUCAAGUGGUCUCAGAUCAAGGAGGGCGCUCUAGAUGUCAAGGUCUGGCUCGUGGCGUUGACGAUGGCUGCUGGAUAUACAGUCAAUGGCGCGGUCUCUGGGUUUGGACCUCUCAUCGUAUCAACAUUCGGAUAUACUGCUUUACAGAGCAUUCUGUUUCAGUUCCCGCUCGGUGCUAUCUGCGCGGUUGGAAUACCAUUGACUGGAUGGCUAUGCUCGCGAUACCGAAACAUUCGCAUUCCACUCUUACUCGCUUGCUGUCUUCCAGUCAUCGCAGGCUUUUCCAUUAUCUGGAAGUCCAAAUGGGGUCAUCAACCUGUGGCGCCUGUAGUAGGCUACUCCAUUAUAGGGUUCUUUGGACCGGUUGUUGGCUUGACUGUCACUCUUGGUGCUGCAAACGUGGCAGGCGAGACGAAGAAGAGUUUUAUGGCGUCUGCUGUGUUCGUCGCAUACUGCGUUGGAAAUAUCGUUGGGCCGCAACUUGUCCGCAGUCAAUCGAAAGCAAAGCACUAUCCAGAAUUGUGGACUGGCUUAAUCAUAUGUUAUUGCAUUACUAUCUUAUCGGCCUCUGCACUGUAUACCGUCUUAUACAGGGAGAACAAGCGCAGAGAUCAACUUGGCUUGGACAAGGACGAGGGCGCUCGGCUUGCCUUCAAGGAUCUGACUGACAAGGAAAAUCUGCAUUUCAGAUAUGCUCUGUAAUGGAUACAGCGGCAAGAAUGCCGGUCGGCAUCUGUCGGGAAAGACCCUGCAAGAUUGUCAGACCUGGUACCUAUGGCGGAGCCAGAUCCAUUCGUGGCUGAUUGGAGAAGUAGUGGAAGUAGUAGUACGUGGUGGUAAAUAGGUCGUUAUCGGAAGGAGCGUUUAGCUUCAUGCGGCUGACAACCCUAUUGAAUAAUAUCACCCGUUCCUGACUCGCUCCUGACUCGCAGAGAGUGGAUACCUCAUGCAAGUCUCCGCAUUGCGUGAUUCUGGCUUGGGCCAUAUGUUGUUAUUUGAUGUACCAGAAUAAAGAAUUAGAAGCUAGGGUGUGGGUGUGGGUGAUACCACGUGCAUAUCAGUACCGUGGUACUAGUAGCGACAUGAGUA